UUUCAACAAACUUUAUUGAGCAGAGCAGCCUAAAGCAGUAAGUGGCGGAGCACGGCUAUAUGCGUGUCAUGGCGUAACGCAGGAGUACACAAACCCGUGGAUUAAUGGAAUGUGCGUACGACGUAGGACGCUUGUCUCGGAAGUGGCGGCGGAGGCGUGGUUGCCGGGGUGACGGCGGGAUGGGGAAAGAGCAGGAGCUCCUGGAAGCCGCCCGUACCGGUAACCGGGCAGCGGUAGAAAGGUUGUUAGGUGGGAAGCGGCUAAGUGGAGCCGGUCCCGGUGGGGCGGCGGGGGGAGGAGCCGGAGGAAGUGGAGGAGGAUCUGCCAGUCACCCACUCAGCAGCCUGCUCAGUAUCUGGCGCGGCCCCAAUGUAAAUUGUGUUGACAGCUCAGGAUACACCCCAUUGCACCAUGCCUCUCUUAAUGGACACAAGGAAGUGGUGGAGGUUCUUUUGAGGAAUGAAGCUGUAACAAAUAUUGCAGACUGUAAAGGAUGUUUCCCAUUACAUCUGGCAGCAUGGAAGGGAGAUGCUCACAUUGUACGUCUACUCAUUCAUCACGGACCUUCACAUGCUAAGGUCAACGAGCAGAAUUGCCCAGAAGUGAAAAAGUAUGGCCCCUUCCAUCCUUAUGUGAAUGCUAAGAACAAUGAUAAUGAGACUGCUCUGCACUGUGCAGCCCAGUAUGGACAUACUGAGGUGGUUCGUGUUUUGCUGGAGGAACUGACAGACCCUACAAUGCGUAAUAACAAGAUGGAGACGCCACUUGAUCUGGCAGCUUUAUAUGGGCGCUUGGAAGUAGUGAAGCUUCUCCUCAAUGCACACCCUAACUUGUUGAGCUGCCACACAAGGAAGCACACUCCUCUUCAUCUGGCUGCUCGCAAUGGGCACCGAGCAGUUGUCCGAAUUUUGCUCGAUGCUGCCAUGGACAUCAACUACCAGACAGAAAAAGGAAGUGCUUUGCAUGAAGCUGCCUUAUUUGGGAAAACCGAUGUGGUACAGAUGCUUCUAGAUGCAGGAAUUGAUGUCAGCAUCACAGACAACAAAGGAAUGACAGCGCUGGACAUUGUGCAGGAGUUGCCUUCACAGAAAAGCCAACAGAUAGCUUCUCUUGUACAGGGCCAUAAUUCAGCCAGACCUCCAGUAAAAGAACCAGAAUUUGAGCUGGUCCCAGUGCCUAGUUCAUCUGUUUGUACUGAUUCACAAGCAGGUAGUAUGCAAAGAGCACUACUAGAUUUGCGGUUGGAUUUAGACUGCAUCUCCCAAACAGAAUCCCCAUAUGAAGCACUGUACAAUGCUUCUUCUUGUCAUUCUUUGGAUAGCAUAUGUAGCGGACGCUCAUCUGACAGAGACUCUCUGUGUCGUGAAAUUGCGAAGUCUAGACUGAAGGAACGACCACCUCCACCCGCUAAGCCUCCGCCAGAAGAUGAAGAAGAGUUGGAGAGGAGGCAUAGUGCAGGUGCUAAUCGGGAAGCCCUUGGAAAUAGACACAUUAGUCACGAGGAGGAGGAGAACCCAUAUGAGCUGCUACUUACUGCCGAGACCAAAAGACCUGAUGAUCAAGCAGGGGUACUGCAUUCGCAAGGAGACUUUGGAAACCCUCAGCCUCAGGUCAGAGUACGACACUCAGCUCUUCCACAGGAUCCCUCUCGCCCUGCAAACCGCCGUGGUUCUUCUGAUUUAUCCAGUGGCCAUUCUGAAGGAGAAUCACACGGGUCUGAGAGGCCAAACAGUGGGCAGCGUAGGAGCAGUUCAGGAGGAUGGAGCUUGGCUUCUGCUGAUAGCUCGGACUCCCAUAUGCUUCAGCACUUCUCUGGACUUCUUCAUGGUUCUUCUCCGGUUUGUGAAGUUCGGGAUCCUCCUGUACCUUGUGACCCUCCCAGCACAGACAGCUGUAGAAACGGUGCUGCCUCACACAUGGAAUUGCCUCUCCGUCGUAGUCUCUCCAAAUCUGACUCUGACUUGUUAACAUGUUCCCCCCCAGCCGUUGGUGAAGGCGAAGACUGGAGCCGCAGCGAAUCUCUCACUAAUUGUGCUGCUGGAGGCAGCAAGAAGAGAUUAGAGAAGUCCCCUUCCUUCACUUCUGAGUGGGAUGAGAGCCUUCAAUUGGCCCCAGAACGACUGCCCAAACAAUACAUCGAUAAGAUAAUGAGUUCCAUUGGUCAGGGCAUAGAAUUUUCUCAGGAGCAACAGGUCAUGGCAGGGUCUCGUAUUCCAGGUCAAAGUGUAGCCCAGUGGUUAGAAUCUCUGGGUCUUCUGCAGUAUGAGAGCAAAUUUGUAUUAAACGGCUUUGAUGAUAUUCGUUUUUUGACAGAUAAUAUUCUAGAGGAUCAGGACCUGAUAGACAUAGGAAUCACAGAUAUGCAGCAUCGCCGCCGACUUCUACAGGCUGCCCAUUCCUUACCAAAGCUCUUCCCACUCUCAUGGGAUCUGUCUGUAACGUCAUGGCUGCGGGCCCUCUCCCUUCAGCAGUAUGCUUCCAGCUUUCUAAGUAGUGGUUAUACCUCUAUGGAAACACUUCGCAGUUUAUGGGAGCUUGAGAUUGUCAAUGUUUUAAAAGUAAAUUUAUUGGGCCACAGAAAAAGGAUCUUGGCAUCACUGGCAGAAAGACCAUGCGAAGAUCCUCCCCAAAAACCUCCUCGAUUCUCACAGCUGCGGUAUCAUGAUGUCCUCCCUCGUUCUUUGCCAUCGAUUCCAUUAGGAGAUCAGGAUGCUGGAAUGGAAUCAGGAAGAAGUAGGGUAGAAUCAACAGAAAGCAGAGAGCGUCACAAACGUCUAGAGUCCACUAAGGAGGAAGAAUCUAGAUUAACUUUGCGACCCCCAAGUCUGGCCACUUCCUAUGCCCCGCUUCAGAACUGGCAGCACCAGCCUGAAAAGUUGAUAUUUGACUCAUGUGGUUAUGAAGCUAGUUAUUUGGGAUCAAUGCAAAUCAAAGAUCUGCGUGGGACAGAGUCCACCCAGGAUGCCUGUGCCAAAAUGAGGAAGUCCACAGAGCAGAUGAAAAAAAUUCCAAGAAUUACCCUUUCCAUCAGCUACAAAGGCGUGAAGUUCAUUGAUGCAUCAAAUCAGAAUGUAAUUGCAGAACAUGAGAUACGAAACAUAUCAUGUGCAGCUCAGGAUCCGGAGGACUUAUGCACAUUUGCCUAUAUCACCAAGGAUCUGCAGACCAGCCACCAUUACUGCCAUGUUUUCAGCACUGCCGAUGUGAACCAGGCCUAUGAAAUUAUUCUCACUCUAGGACAGGCCUUUGAGGUUGCUUAUCAACUGGCCAUACAGGCCCAGAAAUCCCGUCUCCCUGAAGCAUUGGUCUCUCGACCCUCAAAACCUGUCCCUAAGCCACGUGGUAGUAUAAGGCGGCAGAAUAUGGAGUCCUUAGAAUGUGAGCAGCCCGUAGCCCCUCAUGGAAGUGUGUCAUGGACUGUGGACCCCAAGCAGUAGGCCGUAGCUUGCAUCUGAAUACUGGGCAGCAUACUGCAGUCAGCGGACGUCUGCUGUAAUUCCUCUGAUAUCUCUUCUAGGAAAUGAGGACAAUCGCAGACCCUAAGGAUGACAUAUAAACACCAUAUAAUGACAUAUAAACACUGACCAAGGAAAUGGAGUAGCUCUUACCUUUUCUUACAACUCGAGACUUGCUAAUGGCUUCUUAAUGGGAUUACAAUCGUUUUCCCUCCCUUUUACAAUAUUUUUUUUUUUUUUUAAGAAAACGUUGCUAGGGGGUAUGCAAGGAAAAGGGUAAUGUGAAGUUACUCCUCCUCCACUGAGACUCUCCAACAUGUAGCGUUACUAUUCCAUAAGUAACAAGACUGCUCUGUCCCAUCAUUUUUCUUUUACAAGAAGAUAACUGCACAACCAACUCUCCCAUCGCAAUGUAGCACUUUUAGAGUAAAGGUACCAGUACAGGACUUGCCCAUAGAAGGCAUUGUGACGCAUAUUUUAUUUGCUGAUUGAAUCUCAUCAAGUAAGAAUAGUCUAAUAAACCAUACAACCAAUCUUUUACUAUUCAA